UCUUUUUUUAAAAUUAACUAGAGGGGAACCAAAAUUAUUAUUAUUUCUAGAAUAACAACCUUUAAAGUGUAACAAACCUCAGAAAUGGAACGGUUUCAAGACCAGAUUCACCUGCGUGAUUUGUUAUUGUUCCGGUUAGGUUAAAGCAGAUUUUUUGUGGUUUUGUUUACGGUUUGGGGUUGUUAACUUAGUGCGCUAUAUCUCUCAUACUCAACCGGCCUCAAUUCUCACAAUGAGCGCAAAAAUGUUCCGCUCUGAACCAUCCGACUCAGAACCAAAGAACAGCCAUCACAAAACAUUAGAUUCGAAAAUUCCUAUUCCUUCAUCGCCCACCCCUUUUCGCAGACUUGGUAGUCUUCGAUUAAAGGGGGAGAAAGUAUUUAAAAAAGACCCUAAUAAUAUGAGAGAAGGUCAGGAAAGAACAACAGGAAAGGCUGUCGAGUCGAACCGGCAGUGUGCCAGCAACCCUCCGCUGAAACGGGGCAAUUCGUACAUGGAGAGGGGUGAAAAACGGGACGAUGGGGGAAAAACUGGGCCGCAUAGACCCAAUUCAGUCAGGAUUACGGCCGCGAAAUCAGCUGCACAAGGUGCGAAUCAUAUUGCGGGGUCAGGAAGGGUCAGGAGUUUGUCACUAUCACUGUCUAGUACAAAACUUAACAGUCAAAAAUCUCCGUCUUUGUCCAUCGCAUCUCCUACAGCGAAUUCUAUCUCGCCAGGGACUAUUAAGAAAUAUUCGUCCAGUCAGUUGGAUACUUGGGAUACUGACAGCAUUACCAGUAUAGGAAGCAGCGUGGCGUCGUGUGACCAUGCCAGCGUUGCCAGAAAUGGCACUACAUUUUCAGGUAGAAGUAUGAAGUAUGUUUUUCACUGCAGUCAACAUGCGGGCGCUUCAGGAGAGGAUUACCUAACACCUACCCAAAGGGCCCAUAGGCAAGUUAAAAAAUUAAAAUACUUGCUCCACCAAGCCAGAAAAGAUUUGGAACAGAAGGAUAGUGAUAUAUUAAAGUUAACUAAAGAAGUAGUAGAGUUAAGACUCUAUAAGGCAGCCCUCAACUCACCGGAAGAUAAAUCUAAUAGCAGCGAUGCAGUUACUGUUAGGGAAAAUACUAGUGAAGAAGCUUCACCAGAAUUGAUUGACACAACGCACAUACCUGGUGAAUUAAAUAGCUCCUUUGCAGAUUCAGGACAUUUUGAAGAUGGCACAAAUUCUUCCAUACAUUCCAACGAUGAUUAUAAUAGAUCACCUUAUAAAUCAAGAUCCAUAGAAACUUCAGAAAAAGGUUGCACGGCUCACAUGGGAAUCUUAGAUCGAAGCUCCGAGCAAAGCAAACUAAUUAUGGAGUAUGAGAAAAGAAUUCAGGAACUAGUAAGAAUGCAUGAAGAGGAAACUUACCAUUUAAAGCAAAAACACAACGAUAAAGUGGAAGAGCUUCUGCAAAGGAUUACUGAAAUAAAUGCCAGAUAUUGGGAAUUAGUGCCGGAAUUAGAUGCAGCAAAAGAGAGAAUUAAAGAGUUAGAGUUGCAGCUGGAGGAAGCGAGCAGAAAAUUGGAAGAACAAGAGGAUAAGGCGAAGCAAACUUAUCUGCAAAUGUAUUCCCAAGGUCAAGCGGCCGCUAGACUUGAACAAGAAAAUGCUGUUAUGGAGAUUGCAAGGCAUCAUCCUACAAGAGUUUCUGUGCCAGAGCUUUUGAAUGAGCUUCAAAUAACGAAGAAUGAAUUGGAGAAUAUUAAGGAUGUAGAAUACGCAUCGAGCUCUAACCAACCCCUACUCAGCGCCAAAGAGGCGUUGUCGCUUUGGGUACUUGGUGCACGAAAGGCAAUGUACCGUCAACUGAUGGAAGCAAAAAAUCGCAAUAAAAUAGACCCCGAAAUUACUCUUCAGUUCCUCAAAUCGGCAAUUUAUUAUUUUCUAACAGAUAAAGAAAAUAGCCACGGACAUUUAAAAGCUAUCCAGAGCAUUUUGGGAUUCACGCCGAGUGAAAUAGCUAAUAUUGACAAAGCUAGAACAGCCUAAUAUUUGGUUGCUAAUUAAAUUUUAAGUAGAGCACACAUGUACGUAGAGUAGACUGAGAGAGCUGUAUGUGACGUUUUAAGCAUUUCUUUUAUAAAAAACAAUCUCGUAUUUUUAUAUUAAUCUAAGAUUAUUUGACACUAGGAUUACUUUGAAUAGUGCCUAACAACUGAUUUAUUUAGAUAUUUCUUUUCAAAUUUGAUAUAUUAUAUUAAAAUGUGCGCAUGGCUUAAUGUUGUUUAAAAUUAGCAUAGACCUAUGCUGCUAUAAAUACAUUUAUAAUUAACCUUUAGGCUCUUUAUCCGUUCUUCGGCGACAACCAAAGAGUCCAUUACACACUACCGAGAAUUAUUUUAACAUUUUCUGAGAUUAACUUUACCGAUGCGGAUAAUAAGUAGGGGAUUACAAAUUUGGGACUGAGAUGGCAUUUUGAAAUUCAGGUAGUAAGAAAAACCCGAAAUUUGUUGAUGCUUACAUUAUUAAGGAUUUGAGAUUUUUUUAGUACGGUACUAUCACCAAGUGAAUUUAGCUUUUUAAAACAUAGUUGUAUAAUUUUUAAUUGAAGCGCUUCUUUGACGUCCGAUAUAUGACUGUGUAUACUUUAUGAGGGUAAAUCAAUAAGUCAAUACGUGGCUUAUGUUGAUGAACCUUCAUAAUUAUUUUUAAAAAAUGUGCUUAUGAUUCAGCGUCCAUAACAUGUUUGUAAUUUUGUGUUUGAGUAAUUUUUUUUGACAAAUAGUAAUUGUACAGGGUGACUCAAAUUCAAGCCAAUAAUAAAAAUGACUUAACAAGACUGUUUUAAAUCAAUGUAAAAUCAUUGUUUCCUGAUUCGAAAAAUUUAAAUUACUUUUUAAAUAAAAUCCUUUCUAUGUAAUCAAAUUAUUCUAUUUAAUUUAAUUACUAAAAUUAUACCAAAGAUUCACAAGCUCAACAAUAAAAUGAGACCAAGAGUAUACACCAUAGAAUCCCAAUAUUUCAAAGAUAAGGGAAAAUCAAUAUGAGAAAUUGACAGAAAAAUGUUCUCAAAAACACCUAAUAACUUUCUAAAAAAAUAUUAAGACUUCAUAAAACUGUUAAAUGUCUACUUGCAUUACUAGUGGUAUUGAAACACAGGACUUAUGUUAUCUGCAAAAUCAAUUGGGUGCAAAAUUAAACAGGCUUCAGUCUACAUUUUUAGCGCUACCCAAAAAAAGCAAAUGCUAAAUGUUGUUCUGAGUACUAAAUAGUCUCACUGAUGAGCCCUACACUUCUAUUGCGUAAAGGUUCUAUUGCGUAUUAUUCAAAAUAGAAUAUAUGGAAAAUAAUAAUAAUAAUAAUAAAUGUAGAAAUAAGUGACAACAAACUUUGAAAAAACGUUUGACAAAUUAAAAAAAAAAUUAAUAGAAAUAUUAUAAAGAAAGAAUAUUGAUACUCGAGAUAUAAUACUAGUAGUAAACCUUUAUGGGGGGCAAAAAGCUAAAGUUAGAUUAGUUGACUGUUAGUAUGAAAAUAUGUUGUCUCCUCUCCUGUUCAACUUUUAAAUUGAAAUAAUCUUGGAGGAAGCUCUUGCAGAUAAAGAGAAACGAAUAAAAUGAACUGUUAACAAUUUAGCAAUUUUAUCAAUAUAUAUAUAUAUUAAUAUAUAUUAAUAUAUAUUAUAGUACCAAUAACAGACAGCAUUGAAGAUCUGCAGAAAAAAAUGAAUGACUCUUGUAAACGAUAUGGACUCAAUAUGAAUUUAAAGAAAACAAAGUAUAUACAUCGAAAAACAACAAAAUAUAUUCGUAAAUGUAGCAGUUAAUAACAUUUCAAUUGAAAGAGUCCAACAUUACAAAUAUUUAGACACGAUAAUAAACGAAACUGCUGAACAAUCACAAGAAAUAAAAUCCAGAAUUGAUAUAGCUGGAAAAUAUUUUAUCAAACUCGAGAAGUUUCUUUGCAGCAAAGACAUAACUUAAAAUUAAGGACAAGAAUACUUCGAUGUUAUGUAUUUUUAAAUCUAUUAUAUGGUGCUGAAGCAUGGAUACUUAAAACAGCUGUAAUAAACAAACUGGUGGGGUUUGAAAUGUUGUGGAUUUUAAAGAGGGCUACAAACGUCAAAGUCCUGUAUCCAAUGAAUAAAAAAGAAGAAAUUUAUCAAACGUUAAAGAAAAAGAAACUCGAAUCUUUUGCACACAUUAUUAAAGGCUCGAAAUAACAAUUGCUGCAAAAUUUUACCGAGGGAAAAAUUCAGGGAAGGCGUUGUCAAGGUAGAAGAACUUCAUGGCUAAGAAUGCUCUUAGAGAAUGAUUCUCAAUGACGUCCCAUCAAAUGUCAACUCAUAGCUAUGAGUUGACAGUUCAUGUGGUUUACAUUAAAUCAAAUAAAAUAUUGGGCUAAGACAUUUACUCUCUUAUUUGAGACACCCUGUAUACUAUAUAAAUGGUUUAUAUGGAACACUUGGAAAUACUGGUCUUUUAAUUUCUAAAUAAUGUGAAUUGUGCUAAAUCAGCAUAGUUUUAUAUAAAAUAUAGAAGAACUAAUAUACGGUGAUGGCAAGAAAGUGAUAAUUUUAAUCUUGUAAUUUAUUGUUUUUUUUGAAAACGCGUUAUACAAUAUAUAUUGUAAUAAAGUAAGUGAAUAGUUUUGCUAUAUUGCACUAUUUUAGUUUAAAUGUAAUACUGUGUAUAUUGUAUUUUCUGGUCGGAUUGUGCAAUGUUUUUUCUUAUAGAAUUCAAACUUACAUGUAGGAAUUCAGUAAUUAUUGUUAAAUAAUAAUUGUUCAAAUAUUGUUACAUGAUUGUUUGAUUGACCUAUUAUAAUUUAUAAAUCUAG